ACGAGACAUUGCCAAACAAGUCGCUCAAAUUCACAAAACCUAAACGCACUCUUGCUUACAAACCCCAAUCACUUCUGUCCACUCUCCACCAUCUGUCUCUGUCUCUCUCUCUCGACACGAAAUAAAAUUUUAAAUUUUGAAAAGGAAGGAUGGCAAUAUUGGAACACGAACAAACUUUUUGAAAUAUGGAUUCGCUCCUCCUAUCUUUAAAAUAAGUGUACUCAUGGGUUUUGCUAGUGGCAUAGUGCUUAUUAAAAAAAAAAAAAGCAAAUGGAGUGUGUAGAAGCAUUUCUCGGCGAUUUCGCCGUCGACGACCUUCUUGACUUCUCUAACACCGACGCUUUCGUACGAGAAGAGUCGUCUUCUUCACAAAGAGAAGAAGACGAACAACAUGAACGAGAGAAAGCUAAGAGAUUUUCCGAACAAAAUACCAGUCUUUCACCGCUCGACGAUCUCUUAACUUUUCCGGCCACCUCCAUUCUCGACGUCCCAGUUGGUGAUUUAGAGGACCUAGAGUGGUUAUCCAAAUUCGUGCAGGAUUCUUUCUCGGAAUCGUAUCUCUGCAGCGAUUUUCCGGUGAAUCCAGUCGCGUCGGUGGAGAUUCAGAGACAGAGCGUUCCAGUUAAACCCCGAAGCAAACGCCGCCGCACCAAUGGCCAUAUCUGGUCUAUGGAUUCGCCGUAUACCUCUCUAUCCACCGCCUCCUACUCUGGAAAGAAGAGGAGAGGGAGACAGAAGGCGGAGGAGACGUCCGGUGUCGGAGUCCAGCAGCAGCCGAGGCGGUGCUGCAGCCAUUGUGGGGUCCAGAAAACGCCUCAAUGGAGGAUGGGUCCGUUAGGUGCGAAGACGCUGUGUAAUGCUUGUGGGGUCCGGUUUAAGUCGGGUCGGCUUUUACCCGAGUAUAGACCCGCUUGCAGCCCGACAUUCUCCACCGAGAUUCACUCUAACUCCCACAGGAAAGUGUUGGAGCUGCGACUGAUGAAAACGGCGGAUCCGGGUCGGGUUUAACACUUUGAAGUUAAACCCGAUGUUUUCAGUUUACCGAUUUCAUGUCAUUAUAAUGUAAUCUUGUUAGUCAGUAGGAAGUUAUGAUUUGAGAAUCAGAGAGAUCGUAGGCUGUUUCAAAGAUUCAAGAAUUUAAGCUAUAACUAGAGAUAUUUGUUUUUUAGAACUUGUGAUUUAAAAACUAUGAUCGUUAAAAUAUAUAUUACAGCUCGUCUAACUUUAAAGAGACUUUUCUUUACGUGAUACAACCACCAAUAUAAGUUAUAUAACGUUACAGCCUA